CCAAUACUCGUUGCCAGUCACUCCCACGUGAUUUCCGAGGCGGGGCGGAAACUGUUCCCGCAGUGCAUUGUGGGGAGUGUGGUUCCGGUUUGUAGAAGCAGCCCGGGCCGGAGCGGACUACAACUCCCGACAACCCCCACUCUGUGCUCCAUCUACAGAUAACAAGCUCACCGCCUAGACCACGCCGAGCCGCCCGCUGACCGGACACCAUGAGGGACAAACAGAAGCGCCGCAGGGAACGCACGUGGGCCGAGGCCGCAAGGAUGGUUUUAGAAAAUUACUCUGAUGCACCUAUGACUCCAAAACAGAUUCUGAAUGUGAUUGAGGCCGAAGGACUGAAGGAGACAAACGGAUCUUCCCCACUUGCCUGUUUAAAUGCCAUGUUACAUUCCAACUCCAGGACGCGAGAAGCCCUAUUCUACAAGCUCCCAGGGCGCAUUAGUCUCUUUACUAUGAAGAAAAAUGCUGUGCAGUGGUCUCGUGUUGUGUCACUACCUGAGGAUGAGGACACUGCGGAUGAAGAAGGCAGCCAGUGGACUGAAGGCGGCUCCGUGGCUACAGCAGUUGAGACUUCUGUCAAUGCCUCCUGUUCUCGAGAGUCUAAUGCCCGGGAAACAAGAUCUCUGGUCCAGGUGAAUAAGCAGAAGAGAAGGAGUGGGGUCCUGCUGCCCCGUGUUGUGCUGACACCCCUCAAAGUAAAUGGGGCACAUCUUCCAUCAACUUCAGGCUUGUCGGUCCGUCAUGUAGAGAGCGAGUCCUCCAGUAACCGUACCCUUGGGGGUAGUUUGAAUUUUAACCGGCGUACAGCUAUUAGUGGGAACUCUACGCAUCAUCUGCGAAGCCUCAAAAAUGUUACUGCUCCAGGACAAGUGAAAAAGAAAGAAGAAGAGAUUGAUUUUGAGACUCCUGGUUCUAUCCUUGUGAACACAAACCUUCGUGCACUGAUCAAUGUCAGGACGUUUAACGCUCUUCCCGCCCAUCUGCAACAGCAGCUCCUGCUUCUGCUCCCGGAGGUUGACAGACAGGUCACCCCCGAAGGACAAUUGCGGAUGAGUGGCAGUGCCAUGAACAAUGAGUUCUUUGCUCACGCAUGCCAAAGAUGGCGGGAGAGGCUUGCAGAUGGUGAAUUUACUCCUGAGAUGCAGCUGCGAAUGAGGCAAGAGAUGGGCAAGGAGAAGAAGGUGGAAGACUGGAAAGAAAUAUUCUUUGAAGAUUUUUACGGACAGAAACUUGGAUUAUCUGAAGAACCCGUUUCUUAUCCAGAAGAUAAAUUUAAUCAAUCUGAGACACACUGUGUACAGCAACCAGUGCAGCGUACAAGCCCAGAACGUGGUCACAAUGAAGAGAUUGUUCCAGAGUUUGUGGGCAGGACUCGGAGGAGUCUCUACAGAAACAAAGAGCGAGUCCAGCAAACCCUCCCAACUGCUGAAGUCAAAUCCACCUCUUCACCCAGCGCAGAGGCAUUAGAAGCUGACAGUCCAAUUAUAGAGCAGAGAUUGUUCUCCAGAGAUACAGGAAGCCUCCCCUCCACCUCUGAAAGAGUACCAGAGCUUCAUCCUGAAACUUCUGAGCAGAAGAGAAAGACCUCUGAACCAGAGACCUCCAACCCCUCCCUCGAAAAGAAGCCACGGAUGGAACAGCGUCGGUCCUUUCGUAACACAAUUCAGAGUGUUCACCCCGAAAAGCCACAGCCAACCAAAGAGGAACCAAAAGUCCCACCAAUCCGGAUACAGCUUUCUCGGAUCAAACCUCCCUGGGUGGUUAAAGGUUUGCCAGCUUACCAGAUCUGCCCCCGGAUCAUCCCAAACACUGAUCCCACUGGGUGCUGGACUCGUUCCUGCUCGUUUGUUGACGGUCAGACCCGUAGCCCUCACUUCCAGACCUCCAUUGGUGGGGGUGGUGGCCCAGGCGGAGGUUACAACACAAGCAAAAGAAACAGACCCAGAGAUUCCAAGAGAAGUAGAAGAUCCACAAAGAGAAGACACAGAAAGAAACCAACAAAUUGCUGCAGAACACAAUUACUGCCGUCCGCUGCAGUGAAGGAGACAACUGAGAAACCGGAAGUACCACGGGUCAAAAUCAGUUGGACAAGGAGCUCUCCUGAAGCCAAGGAACAACUUUGUGACUCUCCAACCAAAGAAUGGUAUGUCUCAGAGCCUGCUGUUCCUAAGAGGAGGUUUGAUUCGUUAUCAUUGGACUACAACUGUACUACUGAAAAGACUGCAGAUGUCUGUGAAAAAGGGGCGUUUAUGGUGGACACAGAGGAGGAGAAUAAAAGAGGUGAUCUCUUAACUGCUGAGAGAAUAGUGACUCCACCUGUCGCUGCAUCAUCAGGAUACGGGACUGCUGGCCAGUAUUGUGAUACUGUGGCACCUGUUCUUGGUGAUGUAUCAAACACUUUUCAAAACCGAAUUAAAUCAGUCACAUCAGGUUUGACCGAAAAGGAGUCCUCUGAAAAAAGAGGUGACUGUGUGCUCAUGGAAUCUCAUGAGCCGGACCUUGCUGGACUCCAGGGAUCCCCAACUUCACCUGUAGUUCAUUUCCAGCCAGUGGAAAACCUGCAAGCUACACAAACCUCACUAAUGGGACAUCACUUAGCAGUUUGUACCAAUGACACCUCAGCUCAUAACACAGAUUGGAACUAUGCGAGUAAUCCUUGCUCUAAUGGGCAAAUUCAGGAAAGCAUCCCUUGUCAGGUGGUCAGCAUAUCAAAUGAUCUAGAUUUACAGGAGCCAAAUGAAUCUGACUCAUUGAAUGGUGCUAUACAAAACCAGGCAGAGUCAAUGCGGGACGCUUCACUGACAUUUAACUCUCCAUCUUGUGGUAAAUUGUGUGAAAAUGUUCCUGUGCCGCAAAGAAGUGUUUCACGUCUUAAUUGGGAGACCGAUUCUGCAGUUAGUGAUCAUAACGGAAGCAUGGGCUCUUUACACCCGAAAGUUUAUCAUUCUGUAGUGAACAAUGUUCCUGAGGAAGAACUGUCUGAAUUCACUACCUCACCUGCCAAAGAUGCAGAUUUUCUGGCAGGUAAGGUUAAAGAUGAACAGGGAAGCUCUUGCCUGAAAUCUAGUUUGUCAUCUUCUGAAGCAACAACUCCUGACAAGAGAUUGGGUGUUACAGGUAACCACAGUCCUACUGGUAUAGAGCCUUGUACCUACUCAAGCCCUUCCCCAUUUAAGGAGAUGCCGUUGGGAUGUCCAGGGAGCUGUGGAGAGCAAGAGCAUUUUCUGCCUGAUUCUACAGAGUUCAUCGACAAAGUUCCUCUGUUUUUGGAUAUGCCUUUCCUUUGCUUUCCGAAGGAGGUUGGAGUCCAUGUCCAGCUCCCUGUAGGGUUGUCUGCUAUCUCUUCACAUCAUAAAAUGAAGAAUACUUUAUUUGGGAAGUUGUCACAGGAAGCGGGGUCCUAUUGUUACUCUGCAGGUGUGCGGCUCUCUGGGUUCCCCGGGGACUAUACGGUGGCUGGCAGCGCGUCACUCUCUGUGGAGGUUUUCACAGAGCACGAAAGCGGUGAAAAAGUAUCUGUACGGUGUUCUUGCAGCUUCAAAGCCAUGACCAUGUGUGAAGGAUGCGGGGCUUUCUGUCAUACUGACUGCAUAGGACCUUCCAAGCUUUGUGUUUCGUGCCUUGUCAUAAGAUAAUAAAUGAUGGCUCUGGGACAUUAUAUAGUUUAGUGUCUGUAUUUUCAUAAUAUUUGAGCCUGGAAAUGUUAAUAUGUAUUAUGCUUAAUUUUGUUAGAGAUUAAACUGCUGAUGACUAUUAUUCAGCUUUUUAUUGUGAUUAAAGAUCCUAUUGAAGGGGUAGUAAUACUAAAAGGUAGAAGAAUUUGUUUUUAUGAAAGAUCUGGUUAAUAUUAUAACUAGAGAUGAACGGAUUCGGUUUUACUCUGUUCUCAAAACGGCAUUUUAUUGGCUCAUGGAUGUCACGUGUUUUGAAUAGCCAAUAAGAUGCCGUUUUGAGAACCGAGUAAAUCCAAGUAAAACAGAAUCCGCUCAUCUCUAAUUAUAACGUACUAUUUCUAAGUAUAAGAGAUUCUUCACGGAGAGUACUGUUACUUGCUGUGGUGUUUAUGUAGUCAUUGCUCUGUUUAGGCUCCUGUAGCACAUUCCCCCUAUAUCAUGCUGCACAUAGUGGGCUGAGUAAGCACCAAGUUCCCAUCUUGAGAAAAUACAUUCGUGCAGCAUAUCUGUUUCCAUGUACUUACAUGGCCUAUCGGCAAGUUUCAAAAGCGCCCAUCCUUAAGGGUGUGUGACAUAACCCUAAAGGUAUGUUCCCUGAAAUGUUUUUGUUUUUUUGUGUGGGGGGUAGUGUAUUUGGGUUUCUUUUUUUAUAUAUUAUCUUUUAUUUUAGUAUCCCAUAAAUAAAUUCUUUUUUUUUGUUUA